CGCAGUCCUCAGGCCUUCCUCACUUCCGCUCCCGUCUUUAGCUUGCGGAGCUAGCUUCUUACUCCAUAACCUCAAGCUAGAGAACGUCAAUUCUCACGCUCUUCCAUGUACUUUCUGUCUCUUGUCCCAUGCCGCGCCACCUCGACCUUCGAUGAUAUUUAAAUUGCGUUGUGAUGCCUGCUGUCGUCUACACUAGAGAUAUUCAGCUGGGCAAACUGCGCAACCACUGAUUCUCUCUAUCCAAGCAGUGGUCACGUCACAACAGGCGAUCGGCCUGCCUGUUCAACUGGUGCUCGAGAACUCCUGGCUAGAACUAUACCUGUGCGCUCGCUCAGUCGCUCGUCGAUUUUAAGAACAUUAUCACGACUGCAGGCACCAUGCGAAUUCGCUUCUAUUUUCUAGGCGCCUUCGUGCUGCUCCUCUUCUUGUCGGGAUAUAUGGGGCUAUUACCUCACAGCUCCUUGGGCUCGAUUCCGACCAACUUACAGCCUAGCGACAAGUUCCUGCAUCUCGUGACUUUCUUCUUGCUGUCGCUUGUGUUCUACUGGAUCCCCGAUACGUCUCGCCGACGAGCUCUUCAAAUCAGUCUGUUAGUAUGCACGCUUCUGCUUGGCGUCGGAUCCGAAAUACUCCAAGCCAUUCUUCCAAAUGGUCGAAUAUUCGAUCCUUUCGAUAUUGUCGCCAAUGUCGUUGGCAGCCUCGGCGCUAUCGGCCUGUGCGGCUGGUACCAUAGACGCAUGAUGGAGAGACGCCGCAAGGCUCGCAUUGGAGCUCUCACAGACGGUGGUGGCGCUGAAGAUGACAUUGAAUUGGGCUUGAGUGGCAAUGAGAAUCAUGGUAUCGGUCCCCAGGAAACCGGUGUGACUUCUCUUGAACAAGAAGUCGACAAUUGGGAUGAAAAUGCUGUCGAUAGUUGGGAUACAGAGGACGGCCCCGGUCCAGCUGAAGAGACUAAUGAACAUGAUGCUUCAAAGACGAGGAAUGACUGAAUGAAUUGCUGGAUGGAAACGAGUGUUAUGUUUAUCCUACUAGCUCUUUUAUUAUUACUUUUUCGACACUCUCGGGCGUCGUGUGAUUUAGGUUUUUGUUGGGAACGUUAUCUAGUCAUCAACUAUUAUUUGUUUCCUCACUAACAAGAUGACUAUUUCCCGCAUGGUGAAGUCUGAAGAUUCUGGUAUUCAACAUUGAAGGAUAAUAUGUCCUGCCAUAUAACUCUACAUAUGUAACUCUGCUGUUGAACAUUACGCUGAAGCUGGCUACAACAUUGAACCUUUUUAAAUACGCAUAUCAAUUGAUAUAAAAGGAGGGCCAGACUAAUUAGGUCUUGGUUAGAACAAAGGUAACAUGUAAACUGGAGAGCUGCAUAUGUACUACGUCCUUUUGAAAAUUUAUGAACUUCGUCAUACAGAGAUAUUCCGAGUCAGAAGUUGAUAUACCUCUACUCCAUCCCAUCUACGACUCAAUCUCUUGC